AUGACAUUAUUCUUGAACUGGAAGCAAAGUAUUGAGCAAAAGACUCAAAGUCAGUAUGUGGUGCUUAUGGCAGAAAGAGAAAUAAAAAGCAAAAAUUGUAUUCGUAAAGAAUAUUUUUGCCAUAGAUCAUAUUCCAUACGAUCAAAUUCAGAAGAACGUAAAAGAUCUAUGAAAAGUUUGGGAACAAAUAAAAUAGGAGCUGUCUGUCCAUCUAGAAUGAUAGUUGAUAAUUUAGAAAAACAAGUAGAAGUGACUUUCAUUUCUAAACAUGUUGGACAUUUGUGUGAAGUUAUCCGGACAAAAAUACCAAAAGAUGAACGAUUUAAAAUAGCUGGGAAACUAAAGCAAGGUGUAACUAAUGAACGAGUACUGCGGGACAUCCGUGACACAGGAGAUGCUACCAACUUUGCACGUAUUCAUUAUGCUGAUAAAAAGGACUUGCACAACAUCCGACGAGAUUUUAAAAUUGGUAUGUCAAAAUUCCAUUCAGAUGAUAGUAUCAGCAUUGAUAUCCUUGUCAAUGAAUUAUAUAAGCAUGAAGAUCCACCUGUAAUAUACUAUAUCAAUAAUAAUCAAGAAUUUGCUUUAAUCAUCAUGACUCCUUUUCAAAAAUCUAUGCUAAUUGAACAUAGUUCAAAAAUAUGUGUAGAUGGUACCCACGGUAUGAAUUCUAAAAUGCCAAAAAUUCAAUUGUUUACAUUAUUAGUGAUUGAUGAGUAUGGAAAUGGAGUACCUGGAGCGUUUUUUUUGUCAAACAGAGCAAAUAAAGAAGCAAUGAAAUUAUUUUUUAACAAAGUAAAAGAAGUAAUUGGUAGAAGUAUUGAAUGUACAAUUUUUAUGUCAGAUGAUGACUCGACAUUAUACGAAGCAUGGAAAGAAGUGAUGGGUCCAACAGAGUACAAAUUACUCUGCUGGUGGCAUGUGAACAAAAAUUGGAAUAAACAUCUGAAUGAAAAAAUUAAACAUAAAAGUAAAAGGGACCUGGUAAAGAAAACACUAUACUCUCUAACCACCUUUAUUGAAAAUACUGAUGUAUUUGAAAUUCAGUUGCAACAAUUUCUUACAAAUCUUGAAAACGACAUUGAUACUUUGUCUUUUCAUAGUUAUUUUUUAACAUAUUAUGUACCAAAAAAGAAGAGUUGGGCAUUUUGUUAUAGAAAAUACACUGGCAUAAACACUAAUAUGGCAUUAGAAAACUUGCACCGUAAAAUAAAAUAUAUUUACUUAGAAGGAAAACAGUGUACACGUUUAGAUCUAUGUGUCCCAAAAUUAUUAUAUUUAUUAAGAGACACUAUGUAUGAUAGAAUAAUCAAAAUAGCAAAAAACAAACCAAGUGAUAGAAUUAAAAGAAUUAAUCACAGCCAUAUAAAAAGCAAGGAUUUAAAAAAUGAAGAUGUUGAACAAGAUACAGAAGACUUGAUGAUUUACUAUGUUACUUCACAGACAGCUGCUAAUUAUCGUUAUAAAGUGCAUAUUCUUAAAAAACAUUGUACUGAGUCCCUAUGUGUACUACGAUGCUCAGAAUGUAAUGUUUGUAUUCAUACGCAUAUUUGUACUUGUCUUGAUAGUGUUAUAUAUUUAAAUUUAUGUAAACAUAUACACAAAGUUGGAUCCAUGAAUCCUUCAACUGAAGAAAUUGAUGACAUGAAAAAUAAUCAAGAAAAUAUUGGAGAAAUAGAAAUUCAGCAGACUAAACAAUUUUUAGAGGUUCAAACUUCAAACAAAGUGGAAGAAUUAGAAGAGAUCAAAACCAAAUUAAAUACAAUGAUAAGUUAUGUCGAAAAUCCAUCAGAUGAAUGUGAUACUAAAAAUAUUUUGAAGUGUCUGGAUAAAGCUCUUUCUUUUUUUAAGCCAACUACUAAUACAAGCAUCAAAAAAGCAGAAGACAACCCUCUUAAAAAAAUUAGUCAUCAGAAUAGAAAAUGGCCCAAGACAAAGACAAGGAAGACUGUUACUCAAUUGUUAACAAAACCUACCACUGCCGAAAAAGAAAGCUGUAUUAAGAACUUGAAAGGAGAUUUAUUAGUACAAAAUGUGCAUGUAGAUUUUGACCAUAUUUAUUAA